AUGUCUACACCCGAGAUCAACAUACUGGCACCGGGCGAAGCAACACCAACAACAGACGUUGAAAUGACUUCAGGCGAUGCGCCCACCGAGGCAACCGCCACAGCUCCUGCUGUAGCGGCAGACCCGGCCUCAACCACAGAAAACACACAGGAGACUCUGCCUACAGAAGGCAACGACACCGUCUCGGGAGAGAAAGAAGAGACGAGUACUGCGCCGCCGGCAAGAGUUACGUUUCUGGAUUAUCUCAAGUCUCCCAUUGUCGAAUUAUCCGUGGGCCAAGGCGAUGCGCUUGCCUCAUUGACUGCACAUGAAGCACUACUCAAGCAGAGUCCUUAUUUUCUGGAAGCUUGUGCCAAAUCUGACGAAGAUGAGAAGAGUCCCAGAAGAAUAGAUCUUCCAGACGAAGAUCUCGACGCGGUCGGCUGUUUCCUCGAAUACAUAUACACGGGCGAAUACUUCCCGCGCAAAGUAGGCGACACGAAACGGCGACUUGAAGAAGACACUUCUGCGCCUGACUUUGACGAAGACGGGAGCCAGAUGCUCAAGCACGCGCGGGUGCUCACUCUAGCGGAGAAACUUGGCAUGCCUCAACUAAAACGCCUCGCCCACUCCAAAAUCCACUACGUCCAAUCCACAGCACGCGGCGAAAUCGCUUAUGCGAGAUACAUCUACGCCAACACGGCGCGCGAGGACGCCGCUGUCCGCACGCCCGUCGCCAAAUUCUGGGCCACGCGCUCGCAUAUCCUGCGCCACGAAGCCGAGAGCGAGUUCCGGAACAUGUGUCUCGAGUAUCCCCAGUUCGCAUACGAUGUGCUUGAGCUCGUGCUCGAGGCCAAAGAGCACAGUACUACUGCUGCGCCUGGCCCUGCAACUCGGGGCGCCGCCAGCACGUCUGGUCUGGCGGAGGGCAGAGAGAGACGAGACUCGAGCGCUAUUGGUCCUGGCAGUGCGAGAAAGAGGGCAAGACAUCAGGGGUGA